UUGCUAGCUGUAGAGUUACAGCUUGCAGUGUAUAAAAUGGGUUUCACCCAGUCUAAGCACUAUUCCUCGUAUAUAUCCUCGCAAAGAGAGAACAAUGGGCAACCGAAGUUCCUUUCUUGGGAGAAUCUUCGGUAGAUUCUACAAAAAUCGAGAAAUACGAGUGAUUAUGUGUGGAUUAGACGCUGCUGGAAAGACCACGAUACUCUAUAAACUCAAACUGGGAGAAGUUAUCACUACCAUUCCUACCAUUGGAUUCAACGUUGAGACGGUGAGCUACAAGAAUGUGAGUCUCACUGCAUGGGAUGUCGGAGGACGAGAUAAGAUUGUAAGGCUAGCUAAAUCAGUUUUCAAUAGAACACUAGUAUUCAGUCCACAUGUCUCUGCUAUGAGGGACUGGACUGGUUGAAGGACACACUGACAGCCAAAGAGGUGGUCAAGAGUGUUAGUAAACCAACAGCAGAGGUUAAAGACUCACUGACUGGAAAGAAAGGAUUCCUGGCCUCCUGGUUUCCAGCCCUUUCUAAUUAUUUGACAUAAUGAUGUUCAUGUAAUGUGUAUUGUUAUUAAUUGUGCGUAGCUCAUGAUUGGUGAUUUGUG